AAUUCAUCGCAUAAUGUAUUUUAUAAAAAAAUUUAUAAUCUGUACUAGUAAUUUUUAUUAUUGUGUUUGAGCCGUUUUGAGCCAAAUUUACCCUGUAUUUUAGUUUUUUAUCGAUCUUUUAUUUUUUUCUCAAUUCUCUCAUUAUUUUUUUAGUUUUCUCAAUUUUUCAUUUUUAUUCCUAAAAUUACAUCACUUUAACUAUAAUUCCGAUAAUAAUAGUAUGAUACAAAGAGGAUAAUGAUUAGAUGGGAGGUAUAAGUGGAAUAUACAUAUUGGAUUUGAAAGGAAGGCUAAUAAUUUGCAGAAAUUAUAAAGCAGACCUGUUAACGAAUGUUUGUGAUGCGUUUUACGAGAAUGUGAUAUUACAGGAUUCGAGUACUCUGAAGCCAGUGUUCCACAGUGAUGGGUGUACGUUCUCCUGGGUCUCCCAGAAUGGGAUUUACUUCAUAGCAGUGGCUUCUUCUAACUAUAACGUAUCACUUUCAAUCUCGUUUUUGUACAGGUUUGUGGGUGUUUUAACAAGUUACUUUAAACACCUAAAUGAGGAGAGUAUAAGGGAUAAUUUUGCAAUUGUGUACGAAUUAUUGGAUGAGAUGAUAGAUAAUGGUUUUCCUCAAGUAACUGAAGUAAGUGUUUUGAGAGAAUUCAUUAAAAACCAAUAUCACCAGUUAACGCUUGACAAGGUUCGACCACCUACAACCAUGACAAACUCCGUUUCUUGGCGCAGAGAAGGCAUUAAACAUAAGAAGAACGAGUUGUUUCUUGACGUUAUUGAGAGUUUAGACCUCAUCUUAUCCGCAAGUGGAACUGUUUUAAGGUCUGAAAUUAAAGGCUGUUUGAAGAUGAAAUCAUAUCUGUCAAAUAUGCCAGAAGUGUUUUUAUGCCUUAAUGAUAAGCUUUUAUUCUCAGCUGAUUCGAAUACAAUGGGCUCAGAUACUAAUGGGAAUUCAGUAAAAAGUUUCGUCGAGUUGGAAGACGUCAAGUUCCACCAAUGUGUUGAACUUACAAAGUUUAACUCAGAUCGCACAAUCACAUUUAUACCGCCGGAUGGUGAAUUUGAACUCAUGACAUAUCGCCUACGCUGUAGAGUUAAACCUCUUUUCUCACUCUAUGUAACUUAUAACAGUAAAUCCAGUACUAGGAUAGAGUUUUACGUAAAAGCGACUUCACAGUUUAAGUCUAAAUCAAUGGCAACUAAUGUUGAAUUCCUGAUACCAGUGCCGUCAGAUGUUAAUUGCCCAGAGUUUAAUCCAACCCAGGGAAGUGUAAAGUAUUUACCAGACCAGGACGCAAUAACUUGGUAUGUCAAGCAAUUUCAAGGAGAUAAAGUUUACACAAUGUUCGCAUCGUUUGGACUUCCUUCAGUCUCAGAUGAGUCUAGGAACACAUUUUCCAAGAACCCAGUUAAAAUCAAGUUUGAAAUCCCCUACUACACAGUCUCUGGCAUCAACGUUAAACACCUCAGAAUCACUGAUAAAACUGGAUAUAAAGCCCUUCCAUGGGUUAGAUACAUCACCAAAAACGGCGAUUAUCAACUUAGAAUGGCAUAAUCUCAUAUUCCCAA